UGAGAUGAUGAGUGAGGCGGAGUCUAAGGCCUGACCUGACACAUGGACAUAGACAAACAGGCACACAUAUAUACAAGCACACGUUCCCACCCUCAUGCACGCAAACAAAUAUUCGCGCACUCGCCCCACAUGUAGACAUACAAAAAUGGACACAGUACCCACAAUCACACUCCCCAUUUGUACUCUAUACUCCUGGAUCCAGGCACCACUACCCCCAGAGGGGCAAUCAGCGCCAGACCCCGGAGCUGAACCCUCUUCACUCUGGCGUGGAGACAGGAAGACCACCCCGGUACCCCGCAGCAGCAGAGAAGACCACCAGCCCAGACCCCGACCGGAUGGCCAGCUCGUCCUCACAGCCCCCAGCCCCGGACAAAGAACAGAGAACAGGGGUGUGAAAAAAAAAAAAAAAAAAAAAAAAAAUUUUUUCUAUUUUUUUCUAUUUUUCAUGUUUCGUCACACAAAGCGAAAGCAAAAUCCACCGGCCUAAAUUGUAAUUUUAUGAACAUAGAAACAUAUUGAGAUUCGUGACAUUCGUGAUGGAACCUGAUGGAGAUCCGUGUUGUGAGGAUCUGUCCACGGAUACAUUUAACGUUACACAUAGUUUUCUCCAGAUAAAAACAUCAAAGUCACCUGAACCCAGCUGUGUGUCCAUGAAGAGUGACCGGUCACUAGAUCUUCCACCCAAGCUUAGUGAACACACUGAUCUUAUGUUUAGGCAUAGACUGCAUUCUCCAGAACCCAGCUGUGUGUCCAUGAAGAGUGACCGGUCACUAGAUCCUCCACCCAAGUUUAGUGAACACACUGAUCUCAGGUUUAGACCGGAUCCUCCAGCACCCAGCUGUGUGUCCAUGAGGAGCGACCAGUCACUAGAUCCUCCACCCAAGCUUAGUAGACACACUGAUCUUGGGUUUAGCCAUGAUUAUCAACAUGCUGAAGCCCUCAAGGCGUUUAUAUCAAAUGUGAGGAAGAAGUUUGAGUGUCUGUAUGAGGGAAUAGCACAGCAGGGAAACCCAACACUGCUGAAUGAGAUCUACACAGAGCUCUACAUCACAGAGAGUGAGAGUGGAGAGAUCAAUAAUGAGCAUGAGGUGAGACAGAUUGAGACACAAUCCAGGAGAGCAGCAACAGAGGACACACUGAUCAAAUGCAGUGACAUCUUUAGACCUUUACCUGGACAAGACAAACCCAUCAGAACUGUGCUGACAAAGGGAGUCGCUGGCAUUGGAAAAACAGUCUCUGUGCAGAAGUUCAUCCUGGACUGGGCUGAAGGGAAAGAGAAUCAGGACGUCCAGAUCAUAUUUCCACUUCCUUUCAGAGAGGUCAACUUGAUGAAAGACAAAACACUCAGUUUUUUGGAUCUUCUGCAUAUUUUCUUCCCUGAAACCAAAGAAAUGAAACCAUUCAGAGAUGAAUAUAAAGUUGUUUUUGUUUUUGAUGGUCUGGACGAGUGUCGUCUGUCUCUGGAUUUUCAGAGCAAUGUGAGGUUGUGUGAUGUAAAUGAAUCAGCCUCAGUGGAUGUGCUGCUGACGAACCUGAUUGUGGGGAAUCUGCUUCCCUCUGCUCUCAUCUGGAUCACCUCCAGACCAGCAGCAGCUGAUCUCGUCCCCUCUGAGUGUGUCCAUCGAGUGACAGAGGUACGAGGCUUCGAUGAGCCACAGAAGGAGGAAUAUUUCUGGAAGAGAAUCAGUGAUAAGUGUCUGGCCAACAGGAUCAUCUCACACCUGAAGUCAUCAAGGAGCCUCUUCAUCAUGUGCCACAUCCCAGUUUUCUGCUGGAUCUCAGCCACUGUUCUGGAGAAGAUGUUGAGUGAAGCAGAGAGUGGAGAGAUGCCCAGGACUCUCACUGAAAUGUACACACACUUCCUGAUCAUUCAGACCAACAUCAAACAUGAGAAGGACUAUGAGAAGAAAGUGAAGGAUGAAGACAUGAUACUGAAACUGGGGAAACUGGCUUUCCAGCAGCUUGUAAAAGGCAACCUGAUCUUCUAUGAGGAAGACCUGAGUGAGUGUGGCAUUGAUGAGACUGAAGCAUCAGUUUACUCAGGAUUGUGCACUCAGAUCUUCAGAAAGGAGUUUGGCUUGUAUCAGGGGAAAGUCUUCUGCUUUGUUCAUCUGAGCAUUCAGGAGCAUCUUGCAGCUCUAUAUGUGCUGCUUUCAUUCCUGCUGUACAAGAGAGAUGUGCUCAAUGAAAGCCUCAGCUCAAAACAUGCACACAAGUUCACAUGUCACACAAUAUCUGACCUGCAUCAGAGAGCCGUGGACAAGGCUUUACAGAGUAAGAACGGACAAUUGGACCUUUUCCUCCGAUUUCUUCUGGGUCUCUCACUGGAGUCUAAUCAGAUGCUCCUGAAAGGUCUUCUGACACACAUUGGAAACAUUUCAUACAGUGAAGAGAAAACGGUUGAGUACAUUCAAAUAAGAAUAAAAAUGAAUCCCUCACCAGAGAAAUCCAUCAAUCUGUUUCACUGUUUAAAUGAACUGGGUGAUCAGUCUCUCGUGAAUGAAGUCCAGAAAUAUGUCAGAUCUGGAGGUCUCUCGGGGCCAGAUUGUCCUCAUCACAGUGGUCAGCUGUUGUCUUUGUUUUGUUGAUCUCAGAGCAGUUGGAUCAUUUUGAUUUGCUUAAAUACAUAAGCAGAGAGCAAAACCAAAACCACAUGACACCUGAUGAAGUUCUUCUGAAGCUCCUGCCUGUAGUUGAAGCCUCCAGAUCAGCUCAGUUGUGUGGUUGUGGCGUCACAGAUGAAG